CAGGACACCUACAUCGCGUUUCUGAAGCUUGAUGCCGAUCAGUCCUCCUUCUUUGCUUCGAAUGGCCCGGCUCCUUUUUCACUUGGGUGCAGUACCCAGCGGAGUAGCGGACUCAGGCCUCUCGCCCUCACACAAGGGAGACAAUUUGUUCUUUGCGAGCGCCCUGCCCGAAUGGAGGGUCAGGGAGUUUGCCCCUGAGCUUCCGGAAGCACGUGAUCGGAGCGCAGGCAUGGCCCCCCUCGAGGACCUCCAAGCGCGCGAUCUGGCGUGGAUCAGCGACUUCAUCAUGCAGCAGAUGGUGAUCAUGAUGCGCCCAGUGAUGGACCAUCUUCACCAGACAGAUGCUGCGGUGGACCACGCCCAGCGCGUGACCCAGCGUCUGAGCAUGGAUAUCUCUGAAGUCCGCGGAGACGUAGAGCGUACCAACAAGUAUGUGACGAUCCUGCGACAGGGCCUCGGCGUGCAGAACGAGGGCAAGUGCGUGCUGCAGCGCGGGCUGGAGGGCGCCACGCGGACGGUGAAGCGGCUGGACGACCAGAUGGAGAGCGCGCUGGGGGUCGUGCGCGGCGUGGAGGACUGCGUCGCCCAGCUGUGCCGCGACGUCCGCGCCCUGGAGGCCAGGCAGGAGGAGAUGUCGCAGCACACGGGCGCCGGCGUCACUUCGGAAUCUGUGGAGGAGCGGGUCGAGCGCAUAGGCAGCGACGUGCGUGCCCUGAAGGAGCACUCGCUGGACAGCGAAGCGAAGGUGGAGGCGUGCCUGCGCGAGCUGCGCGAGCUGCGGAGGGGCGGCCCUGGCAUCCUGUCGGACACUUCCGGGCGGGUGCCGCACUCGUCGAAGGCCCAGGCCGGCCGCGAGCACUGGCCACAGAAGAAGGCAGCCUUGACUUUCUCAGUCGACGAGUCUUCGGUGGGUCAGGAAGUCGUGAAAGGCACGAGAUCGGUGAGUUCGAGUACACCGCUGUCGGCUUACAAGCAGGCGCUGAGUGUCACCACCGGUCCCGCGCUGAAGGCGAUCCUAGAGGCACACAUCGGCCAGCUGAAGGAUGACGAGAUCUCGCCCGAGAAGUGCAUCACGCCCGAGGAGUCCCUCAGGCGGGCCACUGCCGCGGUGCGAGAUGCAGCCACCAAACACGAUCAAGCAGUUUCAGCUCUUCUUCGGGCACGCGAGGUUCUGGAGAAGGCCACCGAGCGUGAAGCUACGGCGGCUCUCACCCUCGCCAAGGCGGAGAAGUCCAAGCUCCAGGCCGUGCGGGCCCUCGCCGAGCUGAACGGAGUGGUCGCGAAGGGCACCAAGGACGGCCAUGGCAACGACGGAGGCGACAGCAAGAAGCUCAUCUCCAUCUCGUGGGACCAGGAUUUCUUCAGCACGCUCGACAAGCUCGAGGUCAGCGAGGCCGAGCGGGCGGACCUCAAGCAGCUGGAGACCGACUUGAAGGGCGUGCGCGACCUGGUUGGCACCAAGUCCUCCGAGGUGGAGCGCAUGCCUGCGCGCAUGGCGAAGAUGAAGGAAGACAUCAUGGUUCGCCUGGCCAAGAAGAGGAAGGGCCCCGACGGCGCGGCCACGGGCAACCCUGACGGCGGCGGCAGCGGCGGCGAGCCUGGCGGAGCCCGUGGGGGCGACGACGGGCGCACUGCGGAGGCCACGCCAGUCCGCGGCGACCAGGCCGACGCAGAGCUCGCCGAGGAGGCGCGGCGGCUGAGCGAGGCCAAGCUCGCCGCCGCCCAGGCCGCCCAGGGCGCAGGCCUUGGCGACAAGUGA